AGGAGGACGGUGCAUGUGUGUGCAUGUCAGCUGUCUGCUUGAGACAUUGUUUGAGUAUCUCUUUAUCGGCUGUGCUCUCUCAUUUGGGGUUAAACCAGAUCCUUCCAUUUAUCCCUGUCCUCAUCACCUGGAAUUCACGUCUCUGUCAAGUAGAGGAAUGUUCCGGGUGCUCCCUUAGCCUGCAGUGGCCAGUCUGCAGCGAGAUGGGCUCAGAGGAUCGCAGUUCAGCAGCCAUGUCACAAAAGAUAUCCUCGGUGUCACGCAGCAACAGCAGCUCCUCGUCCAAACUGGACAGCCGACAGGACAGUUGGGAAAUAGUGGAGGGUCUUCGAGGAGGCUUCAGCAAUGUCCUGGAGCCCCAGAAACAGGAGGGCUACAUGCUCAAGAGGAGAAAGUGGCCGAUGAAGGGCUGGCAUAAGAGGUACUUCUUCCUGGACAAGGGCAUCCUGAAGUAUGGAAAGUGCAGUGCUGAUAUUGAGAAAGGGAAACUGCAUGGCUGCAUUGACGUGGGCCUCUCUGUCAUGGCCAUUAAGAAGAAAGCCAAGUGCAUCGAUCUUGAUGCUGAGGAAAACAUUUAUCACCUGAAGAUUAAGUCCCAGGAGCUGUUUGAUGAAUGGGUUGCCAAGCUGCGCCACCAUCGACUCUAUCGGCAAAAUGAGAUUGCCAUGUACCCUACCGACAAGUCCUUCUACUAUCCCCACUACCCCUCCGCCAACUCCCCUAGCAUGGCGGAGGGUGCCUCCAUCAGAAAGUGCAUGUCUAUGCGCAGACAGUCCACAGUGCAUUCUGCAGGAGCCUUCCCUUUAAACUGCAGCAGCCAGGCCAAAGUAACCGCCUGGCUCCAGUCAUCAGACGACAUGGACAAGUGCUCCAAAGACUUGUCAGUGUGUGACGGCUACCUGCUGGAGCUCAACCACCUGCUUCAGAGUAUGGAAGUCCUGCACCGCACCUAUUCUGCUCCAUCAAUCCAAACACUGCAGGCAUCUACGUUUGACAGCCCGAAAAAGGAAAAGAGACUUCCAAAGAAAUGGCGCACUAAAAACUACAACAAAGAUGUCAAAGCAACUCUGCAGGUGCCUAGCUGCAUCUCCUCUAGCUCUGUGCGCCUCCACGCCUCGAACCCCAACCUCUCCACAGCUGCGCUCGCCAACGACAAGGCGGACACCGAAUCGCUGGAUUCAGCUUUUGACGUGACCAAGCUGCAGGAGGACUUCUGUCGCGUUGCUGCCAACUUUCAUGCAACCAUGAAGACGGCCCUGAAUACACUAACAUCUGAACGAGAGAGAUUAAAACAAUGUGUGGACCACGAAACAAUUCCCCCUACCUCUCCUCAGGUUGUCGGUUUGAAGAACGCUCUGACAACGGCUUUAGCCCACAACUCUGAGCUGAGGGAGCGCCUGUGCAAGAUUCAUGCCGAGUCCCACAUCGUAGAGCCCACACUAAUAAAUGUCACUGCCCCUGUACAGAAACAGGAGUCUGCUGAUGAAUCCCUUCCACUCAUACAUCAAGUCUCCAACGAGAGCAGAGCUUCAAUCACAGAGUCUUUGUCCGAGUUCUUCGAUGCACAGGAAGUUCUGCUGUCUUCUAGUUCCUCAGAAAAUGAGGCGUCGGAGGAUGACUCAUACAUUAGUGACAUCAGUGACAACAUUUCCAUGGACAACUUCUGCAACGAGACAGAAUGUGAGAGACCAAACUCAGGCUCUGUGGAAGAAGGCACUGUCCUUUAUCAGCGUAGAUCCUGCCUGCCCUCGCCCAGCCCCAACAACAGCUCCAUUAGCCUGUGGAACAUCCUCAGGAACAACAUCGGCAAAGACUUGUCCAAAGUGGCGAUGCCUGUACAGCUGAAUGAGCCGCUGAACGCCCUGCAGAGACUGUGUGAGGAGCUGGAGUACAGCGAGCUGCUGGACAGGGCUGCUAACACACAGGACCCUUUUGAACGUAUGGUAUACAUAGCUACAUUUGUUGUAUCGGGCUAUGCAUCCAGCUACUACAGAACAGGAGGAAAGCCUUUUAACCCUCUCCUGGGAGAGACGUACGAAUGUGACCGGCCAGAUAAAGGCUUUACAUUUGUUGCCGAGCAGGUGAGCCAUCACCCGCCGAUCUCAGCUUGCCACGCAGAGUCUAAAAACUUCAUCUUCUGGCAAGAUGUGAGGUGUAAGAACAAGUUCUGGGGGAAAUCAAUGGAGAUUCUUCCUGUUGGCACCACUCAUGUAACUCUGCCGGGAUUUGGAGACCACUAUGAGUGGAACAAGGUGACGUCCUGCAUCCACAACAUUCUCAGUGGACAGCGCUGGAUUGAACAUUAUGGAGAGAUCUCCAUCAGAAACUCCAGCAGUGAUAUUUGUCAAUGCAAGAUCACUUUUGUUAAGGCCAAAUACUGGAAUUCAAGCGUGAAUGAGGUGGAGGGAGCUAUCACAGAUAACAAAGGGAAGGUCAUCCACAGACUCUUUGGAAAGUGGCAGGAAGCUGUUUUCUGUGGAGACCCUCCCUCAGCCAAAUGUAUCUGGAGAGCAAAUGCAAUGCCAGCAGACCUUGAGCAGUACUAUGGUUUCACCAAGUUUGCUAUUGAGCUGAACGAGCUGGACCCCCCCCUGAAGCUGCUGUUACCCCCCACCGACACCAGACUACGGGUGGACCAAAGACUGCUGGAGGAGGGGAACUUGGAGGCUGCAGAGGAACAGAAGCAGAGGAUUGAACAGCUGCAGAGAGAGAGAAGGAGAGUCCUGGAGGACAACGUAACACAUCAACCCAAAUUCUUCAGGAAGUCAAAGGACGAUACCUGGGUGAGCAACAACACAUACUGGGAGCUGAGGAAGGACCUUGGCUUCACACAAAUAGAUUUUCCUACACUGUGGUGACCCCUGAACUACAGACCGCAAACACUUUGUUCUGCACAGCCUCUACUGUGAUGCCGACGCGGUUCUGCUAAUGUGACUGUAUCCCAGUCUUACCAUCCACAUUCAGUGUUGGUCUUCUUUAUUGCAGUUCAUCAAAGUUAUUGCCUUAAUAACAAGUGCUUAUGUAAGUUAAGUAAACAUUUUUAUGCAAACAUAUAUUGAGAAUGUUGAUACAUUUAGGCAACUUUUGCCCAUAUUUUCACCUGAUAUGUUACACUGUAUCACUCAAACUGAGAAAAAGGAAAACUACUUUGUUUAAAGGAUGAUAAAUCAUUUUCAUAACUGGUCCUACUACACUAGCUUAAAAUGUAUUGAACAACUGGUCACUUUCACUGUUUUCUAAUCAUGGACAUUCUCUACCUCUGAGAUAAACUAGCCUUGAUAUGCCAUUGAUGAUGAAGUGUAUACAUCUGAUAUUUAUUCUGCACCUGCCUGAUGCCUUACUCGUCAUACUCGUAUUAUUUAAUUUAUUUUGGUUGCAUCUCUGAGAUCCAAAUUAUAUCUAAAUCCAUACUCAACGUUUCUUUCUGUUUCAUAACUGUAAUUACUGCUUUUUGUUCUGAUUGUGUGAAUGAUUGUGCCACUAUGAGCAGCAGAAGCAAUUAUUUUUCACUGUAUCUAUUGCACCAUUGUUUACUUAGACCCUGGGCUUUGGGAUCAAACGUGUCCAAAACUAUGCUCCAUGAGAUCAAAUAAAGUCUCUGAUGCUUUU